AUGCGGUUCGAGCUGCGAUGCGGCCUGAUGUGCGUCGCCGAGCAAGGAGAGGGGCCCACGCAUUCACUGGUCCAGGACAAUGGGGCUUGGUGUACAAGAUACGAUAGGCAGGGAUGUAUAUGCUGCAUCCCCGACGCGCCCACCUUUCGCUCAGCAGCCCAGCCUGGCGAGCUGCGAUGA